AUGGCGUCCGGACUUGUCGCCCCGCAUUCGGGUGUAACUGAUGAUCCUCUUGUCUGGAUUGAUUGCGAGAUGACAGGGCUGAACCCAGACACGGAAGAAAUUAUUGAAAUAUAUUGCAUUAUCACCACGGGAAACCUGGAAGUGAUGGACCAAGAAGGCUAUCACGCAGUCAUUCACCUUCCUGCCGCCCGGCUGGACCAGAUGGAUGAAUGGUGUACUCGCACACAUGGCAACUCUGGACUGACCGGUGCCGUUCUGGCAUCAACGACAACGCCGGAAGAGGCUGCUGAUGGGCUGUACGACUACAUUAGAAAGUUCAUACCCGAAAAGCGCAAAGCUUUGCUCGCCGGGAACAGCGUCCAUGCUGAUAGAGCGUUUUUGCGUAAACAGCCUUACGACAAGGUAAUCGAUCACCUACACUACCGUAUCCUGGACAUAAGCGCCAUCAAGGAAGCUGGUCGGAGGUGGUGUCCACGGGAGGUGAUGGACCAGGCGCCUGCAAAGAAGGGAAGACAUUUGGCCAGAGACGAUAUUCUGGAGAGUAUAGAAGAGGCCAAGUAUUAUCGGGAUGCUAUUUUUCGGCGAGGAUUGUAA